UUGACAGAUACUCAAAGUCCGAAACGUAUUCGAAUAUAGAACCAUGUCGGCCUACCGCAUUGACGUACCGGAGGAAAAGCUGAUCUCCCUGAAGAUCAAGCUCGCUCAGGCUGAGUUUCCUGACGAGCUCGACGGUGCUGCCUGGAACUAUGGUGCUCCUCUGGCAGACGUGAAGCGUCUGGCCCAACACUGGAAGACCAGAUACGAUUGGAGAGCUCAAGAGGUCAAGCUCAACGCGCUGCCCAACUACAAACGACCCAUCAAAGUGGAAGGCUUCGGCGAGAUCGAUAUCCACUAUCUGCACCAACCUUCCGAGAACCCGAAUGCCAUUCCGCUCCUCUUCGUGCAUGGCUGGCCGGGAAGCUACCUCGAAGUCUCGAAAAUGCUCGCCUCCCUCCGCGAAGGCUCCAAGGGCGUCGCCUUUCACGUUGUAGCUCCAUCCCUCCCCAAUUUCGGGUGGUCCGCGGGGCCCAAGAAGACCGGCUUUGGCCUCGCCCAAUAUGCGGAGACCUGCGACCAGCUGAUGCAGGCCCUUGGCUACAAGAAGUAUGUCACCCAAGGUGGAGAUUGGGGGUUCUAUGUUACACGAUCAAUUGGCUAUCGUUAUCCGCAGCGAUGCCUUGCAUCUCAUAUAAACAUGAUCCGCGCGUCACCGCCAUCGUUUGGCAAGAACCCAAUCCUGGCGCUAAAGCACGCUCUCACGCCGUACAGCGCUGCAGACAAGAAAGGUUUCGAACGGUCCGAAUGGUUCCUGAACGAAGGCCAAGGCUACCGUCUCCUGCAAAGCACGAAACCGCAGACCAUUGGUUAUGCCUGGCAGGAUUCCCCAGUCGCGCUUUUAGCCUGGAUCUACGAGAAGCUGCACGACUGGACGGACAACUACCCGUGGACGGACGAUGAGAUCCUGACGUGGGUCAGCAUUUACUAUUUCUCCGCUGCGGGACCAGCAGCUAGCGCGAGGAUCUACUAUGAAGCAAUCCAUAGCCCGAUCGGAGCCAUCUCGAGGGAUCGCACGCAGCAGUGGAUUCCAAAGGUGAAGCUCGGAUUGUGCCAUGCGCCGAAAGAGAUCACCGUGAUCCCGUCGACGUGGGCACGCACGUUGGGUCCCGUGGCGUAUGAGUCGAAGAAGACCCGGGGUGGGCAUUUCUUUGCGUGGGAGUGUCCUGAGGAGGUGGUCAAAGAUCUGAUCGCCAUGUUUGGCGAGGGCGGGCCGUGCUAUCGCAUCACUGGACCAGCAGCGAAAUUAUAGGCGAUGAGGCGAUGGAGAGCUCGGAUUCAACUGAAGAACGAGGUCAUUACCAUUACUUAUCUAACGUCUCGGGAAAGACUAGUCCC